AUGGCAUAUAACUGUGGGGAGCAAGUCCCGAGUAAAGGUCGCUACCAGAUCCUGGCUGAACUCUCCCAGGAUCAGCCUGGGCUUUCCAACAUGAAGAUGUUGGUGAAAAGUUAUUUCCAGGACGCUGUGGGAAUAUUCAACACCAGUGGGUCCCCAACCCCCUUCAGCAAACCUCACUGUUGGGCAGAUUAUUCUCUCAGAGAUCCAAUCGAACCCUGCCAGUGUGUCCCAGCGUCUGCCUACGGUGAUUCGGGUUUGAACGGGGAGUCACUGCAGCCGCUGGUCCCGGUCAGUUCUGAGGAUUUACUCGCCCUGAAAUCUCCGAGCCACACUAAUACCCCACUGCAGCUGGAGACGGGAGUGGGACCGCUCUACAGGGAAUAUCCCCAGCUCAAGCAGGAGUGUGGGCCGGCUGACACUGUGCCCGUUUACCCAGAGAUCUCAGAGUCCGGUGUCGAUCUCAGCUUGUACUGGGAGAGGUAUUUAUCCAUCGACAGCCUGACUGGAUUACCAUCGUACCGAGAUGUUUCUGCAGAACCAAGACAGCACCACGCUCCACAAAAAGCUCUCGGCUGCAGGAAACGCCCUGGGGCUCCGCGAGAUCGCCUAGCCUGUCGGCCAAUCCUGACCGAAUACACAGGAAAUGGGCCCAUUCAACUUUGGCAGUUUCUCCUGGAGUUACUUCUAGAUAAAACAUGUCAGUCCUUCAUCAGCUGGACGGGAGAUGGCUGGGAGUUCAAACUCUCUGACCCCAAUGAGGUCGCCAAGCGCUGGGGGAAUCGCAAGAACAAACCGAAAAUGAACUACGAGAAGUUGAGCAGGGGGCUCCGAUAUUACUACCACAGGGACAUCAUCCAAAAGUCAGCAGGAAAACGCUACGUCUAUCGCUUUGCCUGCCACGUGCAGAGCUUGCUGGGAGAAAGCCCUCAGCAAAUCCAUGAGAGACUGGACGUGAAAGCCCGGACUGAGCAGUGAGAGGGGCCAAGGAGAUGCUGCCCAGGUCCCACACUCUCCCGGCGUUUCCAGACAUUGUUCAUUUUACAAACUGUGUUUGACCAGUUCUGUUCCCCCAUCACCCCUCCAGGAGCCUGAGAGCCAGCGUAGGCAGACAAUCCGGGCCUCCUCCUUCCCUCUCCUACCUGACUACAUCACCAAGGGAACCUGUCAGAGAAUGACCUACAGUCGGAGAUUCAAGAGCGCAACAACCUGUCCCCCCUCGAAACAACCAUUACACAGAGGAGAGUGACCGUCACGGGGAGAGGGAGAGUGACCGUCACGGGGAGAGGGAGAGUGACCGUCACAGGGAGAGGGAGAGUGACCGUGACAGGGAGAGGGCAUGUGACCGUCACAGGGAGAGGGAGAGUGACCAUCACGGGGAGAGGGAGAGUGACCGUCACAGGGAGAGGGAGAGACCGUCACGGGGAGAGGGAGAGUGACCGUCACGGGGAGAGGGAGAGUGACCGUCACGGGGAGAGGGAGAGUGACCGUCACAGGGAGAGGGAGAGUGACCGUCACGGGGAGAGGGAGAGUGACCGUCACAGGGAGAGGGAGAGUGACCGUCACGGGGAGAGGGAGAGUGACCGUCACGGGGAGAGGGAGAGUGACCGUCACGGGGAGAGGGAGAGUGACCGUCACGGGGAGAGGGAGAGAGACCGUCACGGGGAGAGGGAGAGUGACCGUCACAGAGAUGUUCCUGACACCCUGAUCCUCGUCCUCCGCCCCACCCCCAGUGUCACACCCCACCCCGGCUGCGUUUAGCGAGAAUGGGCAUCUCACCUAGGGGUUCCUCUCCCUCAGACUCCCCGCUCCCCCCAACCCCCCCGGCCCACUCCCCCAUCCCCACACCUCCACCUGACCCCUCCCACACCCCCAAUCCCCACACCCCCCCAAUCCCCCCACACACACACCGUCUCAACUCCUCACAUAGCUCACACUCCCUCAUCCCACUUCCCUGCAGCCCCACCCCAACACCCCCAUCCCCCUCCCCCUGACAGUCCUCUUCACCCUCCCCCUUCCCCCUCCCCGACAUCCCCCAUUUCUCCUCCCCCCGACACCCCUCCAUUCUCCUCUCCCCAACACCCCCUCCCCCACCCUGUCACCCCCCACUCCCCCUCUCCCAACACCCCCUGCCCUGUCAACUCCCAAUCUCACCCCGACACCCUCCCCAUUCCCCCCAGUCUCCCCCCAGUCUCCCUCCCCCCCCACACACACACCCAUUCCCCCUCCUCCACACCACCCAGUUCCAUUCCCCCAUCACCCCCCAAGUCCCCCUCCCCCCGAUACCACCCAUUCCCCCCCACCCCAGUGACUGUGACACCUCCUCCCCCCCCCCCCCCUCCCCCGGCCCCCCCCCGCCCGUGUAAGUACCAGGGAGAGGGAACGCAGCCUUUAGCAACAGACUCGAGAGUAAAGUUCAAUAUCAGAAGGAACGAGAAAACAAAAUAUAGCUUCCUUUUUGGAACUGAGAGUUUUUUUUUAAUGUUGUACAAUACGUUGAUCUCAAGUAGGAGCUAACAGUAAUUCUUAUUUUUAUACAUGACAUUUGAUUGGGAUGUUUGAUGCUGAGUACCGGGUUGUAUGAGGAAAGUUUGUAAUUCUCUUCAAAGUCUGCUUGUAAAU